AUGUCUACACUCACAGUUCACGGCCUGACCAAAGGCCAAAUAGACGAGAAGAUCCUCCUUCUAACACACAACCUGAUCAACAUUCACGACACAACGGGCGAGUUCCUCCUGAAACUCGACGAUGGCCGCGUUAUCGACACAAAAGGCUGGGACGGCUGGGAGUGGACACAUGGCAUAGGUCUUUAUGGUCUGUGGCACUACUACACGCUGACGGGCAGCACUGCAACCAUGGACAUUAUGAAGGGCUGGUUCGAGAAGCAGCUCAGCAAGGGUACAACCAAGAAUAUCAACACCAUGAGCCCGUUCCUCACAUUGGCAUAUCUGUAUGAAGAGACAGGAAACAAGACGUUUGUGCCUUGGUUAGACACGUGGGCUGAGUGGGUGAUGCAUGGACUGCCCCGCACAAAGUUUGGCGGGUUCCAACACGAGACGUACAACUCGUUCAACAAGGAUGAACUAUGGGACGACACGCUUAUGAUGAGCGCACUGCCUCUCGCAAAGAUUGGUCUUACGCUCGACAGACCAGAAUACGUAGAGGAAGCAAAGCGCCAAUUCAUCCUGCACUGCCAGUACCUCUGCGACACAUCCACAGGCCUGUUCUUCCACGGCUGGAAGUGGGAGGACAAGGGUGGAUUGGAGGUCGGCCACAACUUUGCGCGCGCGCGAUGGGCGCGUGGUAACUCGUGGUUGACGAUUGCGAUUCCGGAUUUCAUUGAGUUGCUUGACCUCAAGGAGACAGACCCCCUCCGUCAAUUCCUCAUCGGCAUCCUUGAGUCGCAAUGUCAAGCACUGCUGAAGUUGCAAGGCGAGAACGGCAUGUGGCGCACACUUCUUGAUAUUCCUGUCUCAGAAGGCAGCUACGAAGAGGCGUCGGCCACAGCAGGUUUUGCAUACGGUAUGCUCAAGGCGUGUCGGAAACGAUAUAUUAGCGGAGACGUAUACCUCCAGAGCGCAGUCAAGGCGAUCAAGGCCGUCAUGGGUUGCAUCAGCGCGGAGGGUGAGCUGGAGCAGACAAGUUUUGGAACUGGUAUGGGACACGAUUUGCAGCAUUACAAGGAUAUCGCCAUCACCAGUAUGCCAUAUGGCCAGGCCAUGGCUAUCAUGGCGCUGGGAGAGUUUAUGAGGACUUUUAUCUAA